AGUUGGAGCUAGAUAUAAGAUAAACACAGCACUUUUCAAAUCGUUAUCUGUCCGGUUCCAUAACGCAAUAGGAUCUUAACUUUGGUCAACUCAAGACAGUACAAGUACUGUUUAUCUUAAAACUGAGAUUUAAUUCUUCAUAUACACAAGAUGACUGCUUUGGUUUGGGUUUCGUGCGCAAUGCUGCUGGCAGUGGUAUUCGCUGCAAACACUCAUCCACACGGCGAGCAAACGGAAACUGAUAGUAUACACUUUUACUACGACCCACAAAUGCACCUGUUGGUUUCUACCACGAGAGCCACGUGCUACAUGGUGCGUCUCACGCGAGAGGAAUCUGAUCACGUGCACACAAAUGCUGGCAUGGAGGACCUAGAGUUGCGCAUGAUGCGUGAGUGGAUGGGCAUUCUUACGGAGACCAAGGUGUACCACGACGAUGCCAGUCUGCCGCAGAACGUGAGGCAUUGGUGCGGGCAGCACGACAUCUUUCUGCUGGAGAGGAACGUAACUUACAGCUCCUCCACGCCGCCGUCCGCCAUCAGCGGUUAAAGCGGCUCUUGGGAGUUUGAAAUUAUAUGUGCAGUAUUGUAUACGCAUGUACAUAAAAUAAAUCCACGUGUGCAACUUAAACAA